CUGUGUUUAGGAGUAGUAUUAACAUGAGACACAGUGAUGGUGGGUUGUGUUUAGGAGUAGUAUUAACAUGACACACAGUGAUGGUGGGUUGUGUUUAGGAGUAGUAUUAACAUGAGACACAGUGAUGGUGGGUUGUGUUUAGGAGUAGUAUUAACAUGACACACAGUGAUGGUGGGUUGUGUUUAGGAGUAGUAUUAACAUGAGACACAGUGAUGGUGGGUUGUGUUUAGGAGUAGUAUUAACAUGAGACACAGUGAUGGUGGGUUGUGUUUAGGAGUAGUAUUAACAUGACACACAGUGAUGGUGGGUUGUGUUUAGGAGUAGUAUUAACAUGAGACACAGUGAUGGUGGGUUGUGUUUAGGAGUAGUAUAAACCUAAGACACAGUGAUGGUGGGUUGUGAUUAGGAGUAGUAUAAACAUGAGACAGUGAUGGUGGGUUGUGUUUAGGAGUAGUAUUAACAUGAGACACAGUGAUGGUGGGUUGUGUUUAGGAGUAGUAUAAACCUAAGACACAGUGAUGGUGGGUUGUGAUUAGGAGUAGUAUAAACAUGAGACAGUGAUGGUGGGUUGUGUUUAGGAGUAGUAUUAACAUGAGACACAGUGAUGGUGGGUUGUGUUUAGGAGUAGUAUUAACAUGAGACACAGUGAUGGUGGUUGUGUUUAGGAGUAGUAUUAACAUGAGACACAGUGAUGGUGGGUUGUGUUUAGGAGUAGUAUUAACAUGAGACACAGUGAUGGUGGGUUGUGUUUAGGAGUAGUAUUAACAUGAGACAGUGAUGGUGGGUUGUGGUUUUGUUGGUUUAGAUGCACACACUCAUUAUCACUUCCCUGUUCUCCUUUCCUGUCUGUCCUCUGACAGACCUCCCGAGUCAUAUCAGAAAUCUGUAUAUACACAUUAGACUUUACAGAACAUGUUCCUCUGUAGCUCAGUUGGUACAACAUGGCACCUGCAACGUUAUGGGUUUGGUUCCCAGGACCACCCAUAGGUGCUCUAGUCUAGAUCACUGAACCUUCAGUACCACUUUGAUGCAGCUGAUGAGGAGUGAUGGUCAUGGGUGUGUAAAUGGAAUGGGUUCUAAUUGAAUAACAUCAUGGAACUUUGACCUGUAUAUACAGAACUCAGAAGGGCAAGGUUUUCACUCACUACCAGACAGUUGACUCACUGUACAAGACCUCUCCUCUUCACUUUAGUCUACUGCAGGGUGGGAGAUGCAACAAUGGCCUUGAGAACAGCAGGAAGUGUGUUGGUGGUCUUUCUCUGGUCUGUGACAGUGGUACUGGGUCAGGAUGGCUGGAGUGUUACAUACACCACUCAGAGUAUCUGUGUCUUGAAGGGGUCAACAGUGAAGCUGUUCUGUUCUUAUACACAUCCCAGAGGUAAAGUCACAACAACCUUCUGGUUCACUAAAUGGGGGACUGGUGUACAACCUAAAGAUCUAGGUCAGGACCCAGAGUAUGCAGGUCGUCUGGAGUAUCAUGGAGAUAAGAAGAAAGACUGUACCCUGAGAAUCACAGACCUGAGAGAGAGAGACUCAGCUGAGUACAAGUUCAGACUAUUAACAGAUCAGGAUGGAGGGACAUUUACUGGAAGUCCUGGAGUCACUCUGUCUGUCACAGGUCUUCAGGUGAAGGUGACUGGUGGACAUCAGGAUAAGACACUGACCUGUAUCACCACCUGUACUCUGACUGACAACCCCACCUACAUCUGGUACAAGAACGGACUCAAAGUGAAGGAGGACACUUCCAGCCUGGACUCAGACUCCUUUAGUGAUGCAGACAGUUACUCCUGUGCUGUAAAAGGCCAUGAGGAUCUCCUCUCUCCUGCAGUGUGUCAGAAGUGUUGGAGUGUGACUUACACCCAUCAGAGUAUCUGUGCUUUGAAGGGGUCAACAGUGGACAUUUCCUGCUCUUACACAUAUCCCAGUUAUCAUGAGAUCAAACAAGCUUUCUGGUUUACUAAAUGGUCUGGUAUGGAGGCUGAAGAUCUGAGCUCAGUGCCAGGGUAUGAGGGUCAUAUAGAGUACCUUGGGGAUAAGGAGAGUGACUGUACCCUGAGAAUCACAGACCUGAGAUUGAGUGACUCUGCUGGGUUCAGGUUCAGAUUCAUGACAUCUGGAGGAAAGUUUUCUGGCUCACCUGUCUCUCUGACUGUCACAGAUGUUGUGUUGGAGAUGGAUCCUACAUCUGUGUCAGAGGGGGAGAGAGUCACACUGAGAUGUAGAACCAAAUGUACACUGGACCCCAUCACAGCCUACAGUUGGUAUAAGAAUGGACAGUCUCUACCAAACAGCAACACCUCCUCUCCUGUCUAUAUCCUGUUCUCAGUCAGCAGUGAGGAUACAGGCAGAUACUCCUGUUCUGUAGAAGGACAUGAGGAUCUCCCCUCUGAUGAAGAGACUCUCACUGUCACAUAUGGACCAAAGAACAUCUCAGUGUCAGUCAGUCCCUCUGGUGAAAUAGUGGAGGGCAGUUCAGUGACUCUGACCUGCAGCAGUGAUGCCAACCCACCUGUGGACAAAUACACCUGGUACAAGAAGAACAUAACCUCACCAAAAGCAUCAGGACAGAGUUACAGCAUCACUAACAUCAUCUCUGAGGACAGAGGAGAAUAUUACUGUGAGGCCCAGAAUGGAAGAGGAUCUAAUAACUCUACAGCUCUGAUGAUCAUUGUAGCAGGGAAACAGACCUCAGUUGUGACUGCAGCUGUAGGGAUCAUAGUGGUUGUUCUGGUUCUCAUCCUCUGUCUCUCUGGACUCAUGUUGUUCAGGAGAUACACAGGAGGAAGUGAUGCGACAACAGACACACAGAGUGUCCAUCCUGACUGUAACAGUGACACGUACACAGGUCUGAACAUGAGGACCAUGUCCCCUGACUAUGACACGCUGGCAAGUGUCCAUCCUGACCCUAACAGUGAUGCCAACAGUGACAUGUACACACCUCUGAACAUGAAGACCAGGUCACCAGAGUAUGACACCCUGGCAAAUGUGAGGGGACCCUCCCACUGAAGAUAACCACCACAGAUCCUGGACUGAAGAGAAUCACCACAGAUCCUGGACUGAAGAGAAUCACCACAGAAGCUGGACUGAAGAGAAUCACCACAGAUCCUGGACUGAAGAGAAUCACCACAGAAGCUGGACUGAAGAGAAUCACCACAGAAGCUGGACUGAAGAGAAUCACCAUAGAUCCUGGACUGAAGAGAAUCACCAUAGAUCCUGGACUGAAGAGAACCACCACAGAUCCUGGACUGAAGAGAACCACCACAGAAGCUGGACUGAAGAGAAUCACCAUAGAUCCUGGACUGAAGAGAAUCACCAUAGAUCCUGGACUGAAGAGAAUCACCACUUAAUCUGGACUGAAGAGAACCACCACAGAUCCUGGACUGAAGAGAAUCACCACAGAAGCUGGACUGACGAGCUACGGUUCCAAUCCAAAGCCAGGCCUCACACAUCUAUUCUCUUGCAACCUUAUCUAGAUGGUUUUCCAGACCAUGAACUUUAGCUUUUGAGUAAAUGCUGGAAUAGAUGUUUUAUUUUCUUAUGAUGAUAAUUAUGUAUAUUGAUGAUAAAUGGGAUGGGUUAUGCUUCUGCUUUUUUUCAAUGGGAUUUUUUCCAUGUCCAUAUUUCUUCUUGUGUACCAAUCUGUUUCCUAUCUAUAGUUUAAGAUUAUAUUUCUGAUAUUGUUCUAUGGAAUUUUGCAAAUUAGGGAUUUAUAACAUCAAUAGUCCUACUUUCCUCUGCAACUAAUAUGGAUAAUAUUGACAACAGCUUUUUAAUAUUUUUUGCUUUUGGGUCAAGUUUCUCCUGAUGUGUUUCAUGAUGAUUUACUUUGUAUUGCUGUCAGACAUUAUUCCACAUUUGUUAUUUUAUAUUUUAUAAUACUAUAUAUUUUUUAUUUUUUAAUAUAAUCAGUUAAUUACAUACAUUUCAACAUUUGCUGUUUUUUAUAUUAAUUACAAUUGUAUAUUAUAUAAUUGUAUAUUACAUAAUGCUAUAUUGUUCAGUGUCAUGAUAUCACUUGUUUUAUCAUCACAUUUUUCAUUAUUACGUAUUUUAUAUACAGGUUUACCUUUGCAGUUUUUACAGUGUGGUUUAGUGACAAUACAGUACAAGCAUCAUGUUGUAAAUAAGAUCAAAGUUUAAGACA